AUGCACGCUUCUGCUGCCGCCCCUACUGAACUGCUGCUGCUCGCCCGCCUCGCCAUUGCGUUGGCCGCUGCCGAUAGCUGCCCGGCCUCGAACCCGCCGGCCGCUGCACCGUCCGCCGUGGCCCCCCGCCCUGCCCCGCGCCUACUGCUGCUGCGGCCGCAGCUACACGCCGCCGCACCGCAGCGUUGCUGCUGCCACCGCCGCCCCGCACCGGCCUCUGCCCGACGGCCGCUUGCACCUUCUCCCUCCCUCUGCUCCGCUGCGCCUGCUCGCGCCGCCCGCCGGAAGCCCUUGCCAUGCCCGCCUCACCUGCUUCGCCACGCCACUCCCCGUGCACUGCCGCGCCCGGCGCUGCUCCCACCGUCCCCGGCCGCCGAGGUCCCGGCCGCUCCCGCCCUCGCCUCUGGUGGCCUUGGGUGCGAGCGCCCACACCCGUGCGCCCGAUAA